AUGACAGAGCAGCUGGAGAGGGAAGCCUUAUACAUACACCCUUCAGAAAACUCGAGCCUAGUGCUCUCUUCUUCUCCGUUGGAUGGCAAGAAUUUCUUACCAUGGAACCGCUCAGUUUACGUAGCGCUCGGCACAAAAAUGAAGCUCGGCUUCAUUGACGGAACUUUUUCCAGACCAACAAUUGACUCAGCCACAUUCGAACAAUGGAGGCGCGUGGAUUUGAUGGUAAUGUCAUGGAUUUGGAAUUCGAUUUCGAAGGAUAUGGUUGAAUCGUUCAUGUAUGUAUCGUCUUCGCGUGAACUAUGGCUUGAAAUCCAAGCUUAUGUGACUAAACUAAAGAAAAUCUGGAAUGAGCUAAUGUGUUUGGCACCGGCACCGAAAUGUACUUGUGGAGGUUGCAGUUGUGGUGUCAACAAAGGCAUAGCAGAAAGAAACGAGAACACUCAGCUAAUGCAAUUCCUAAUAGGAUUAUAUGAGAGCUUCGACAAUGAAAGGAGUCAGAUCCUUAUGCAGGAUCCAAUACCAGACCUUGAACGAGCUUUCUCUAUGAUUUUUACAGUGGAGAAACAACGAGCAGUACAGACAGAUUUGGGAGACAGUUCACGGCACAUGGCUUAUUAG